GUCGCCCAUCCCUCUGACCAUAUCCGUUGAACGCCCUUCAUAUUUUUCGCGACCGAUCCGAUCAUUGACUCAGUCCAUUGCCCUUUAGAACCUCUUUGCCACGCUUAAAACCGUAUUCUGUUAUAGCAAUCUCAUUUCUAGUUUUCGUCUCUAACCCCCACCAUGGAAGAAAAUCGAUAUACGCCUUCCACGCCUGACAGCGAGGACGAUCUCCAACAUCCGCUCGGCUCGUCGCCGUACCCAUCGGUAGUGAUGGGUAACGACCCAUUCCCAUCGCCGCCCAUUCUCUAUUCUGGGAACACCCCGCAGAACAUAGUUGGGUCAGGCCAACAGCCGCCGUACAGAUAUAUUCAUUCCCAAUCACCUCAGCAACAUUCGGAGUGGCGCCCCUACGGCAUGGGCGAGCACCAGCACGGACAAGCUCCGCCAUUGCGUCAGCAAAGCGACCUCGGGUACCCGGAAUCAUCCCAGCGCACUACGUUCGGCGUCGCGCACCAACAGCCCUCUGCCGUACCGCCUGCAUACCAGGCGUACGGGGGUGUAUCAUCGCCGGUGAACCACCUUGUACUACAUCAAGGUCACAGAUCCAAUGCUCACACUACUCCCUUCUCGGGAGCAUCGCAGUCCUCCAUCGCAAUGCCUGACCCAACUCUGCCACCUGCCGGCCCCUUCGAUCCGGUACCGAUAGCCCAUCCCCAUAUGCAGCAAGCGUAUGCCCAAACUCCCAACCAGGCCCUCCAACCGUCAAUGGCCCUGGAACCUUCUUACUACAGUCGGGGCCAACACCCUCAUGCCCAUUCGCAGGCUGCUCCCGGAGAGGAAUCACGUACACCUUCGCAUCUUGAUCUUCCUUCCCCGCAUUCGUCAUUCCCUCGUAUGAAUAUGUAUCCUCCACACCAAAUUUACCCGGAAGGGCAGGGUUAUCAACCGCAGCAGCAGCAACAACAACAACAACAACAGCGUCAUCAACCGUCGAUACGUUCCUACGACCCCGUCUACUCUUCCAUGGAGCAGACACCCCUCCCUCUGCCGGGGUCCCCCGAGUCCAUGGCACGCUCGAGCCCUGAGCAUAUGUACAGCUACUGGCCGAACUCCCCUGCGAGCGAGCCCGCUUGGUCAGGUAGCAUGGACGACGACGAGAGCCCUUCUUUCGAGCGCGGCGACACCCCGCUAAGCGAUACCGGGCGCUUUGGAGAGUACGGGUACAGAUACCACGACGACGAGUUCGACGAGGACACGGUGACGCCUACGAGCCCCGAGCUCGAGUCCGUCUCGGCUGCAGAGGCAAGGACGAGCGAAUUCAGGCUUCCAAGUAUAAACGAGCUCAACCUCGAAGACGAAGGCAGCGGCAAGGGCAAGGAGAAGGCGCCUACGAAGGAGGCCCAGCCAAAGAAGCCGAGACGCAAGUCCAAGUACCACGACUGCCCGGUUUGCGGCAAGGCUUUCCCUCGUCCGAGCGGGCUCGCGACGCACAUGAACUCGCAUACUGGGUCUCGACGUCAGUUUCAUCUCUUUCUCUGGCCUGACAAGCACUCACCUGACAUUUUGUGGUCCUCGUCCCGUUUGUUAGCCUUCCAAUGCAAGGUUCCCGGAUGCGACAAGCGCUUCGCGGUGCGAUCCAACGCCAAACGGCACCUCCGUACGCAUGGCCUCUCUCCCGAUUUCGACAGUGGGCCGCGCGAGCCCCGCUUCGUUGUCGGAUUCGAGGAUCCUGUGGUCUCGCACGACGUGCAGCCGCCUGAGCGGAACCCCGCUAAGUUUAAGUGGAUCGAGGAGAAACAGGAAGGGAGCGGGUUCCCCGAUUUUGGCCGAGCACCCACGCGACGCCCCUGGGCGCCUCUGAGCAGCGUGCCGGGCCCGUCGAGAUUGCCUGAUAGAGGCAACACUGCCGGUCGUCCGCCACAGCAGCAACGACAGUACCCGCCCUUAACUGAUCAAAACACUCAAAGCCAGACUCGAGGCGGCACUGGGCAGAGGGCAGUGUACCCAGUACCAGGCAUCGGCAGCGGUUCGUCUAGGCAAACCGGCAGAAGCGACGCCGACGAGAAAGAAGAAGUCCAGCAAGAAGGUGGCGAUGACAGCCGUCAUAACGUGGGCGGUAGGAGGAACAUGGGGUAUCACUUUUAAUUCUGGGGAGGGGCGAGCG